AUGAAAUAUAUUUUAAACGUCCUUAUUUUCUCCGUUUUAACGUUUUCAUUAAUCACUGCUAUAGCAAUCGAUGAUUUUCACUGUAAAGUGCCAACAUGCCGAGAUUUCCAUUAUGGUUUAGCUGGUUAUGAACUUCGUGAUCAAUAUGUUGACACAUGUUAUGAAACUGUAUACUCUUUACAAGCUAUUCCUGCACAACAUGGAAAAUGUAUUGAUGAUGUUACAGGAAAAUUACAUGCACCAUGUAUUUAUGCAUUAGCUUCUACCAUUAAAAAAUGUAUGGACGGAUUAAGUACUCUACCUGAAAAAAAAGCAAAACUUUAUUGUGGUUUUACAUUAAUGAAAUAUUGUGCAGUACAUCUUGGUCUUGAUCAUAUUCCACUUAAUUAUGAUGAUGCACCUGCAACAUAA